AUGGUAAGUGCGUUCCCAGACAUCCACGUACCCGGGGGUGGCCUUGGAAAAUUUGACACCUAUUACUAACCAAUUUUCGGAUCCAUGACCCCUCAUGAUGGCCUACAAAAGGCGGUUGACAUAGAAACCUCUUUUCCCGUCUUUUAUACACUUUUGUAAAUGUUGAGUGAUAGCCCACUCUUCAGUGACUUACAAGCGACCAUUCCCUUGAUUUGUACCGUUUUUCGGAUCUCCUUCAAAUCGUCUCUGAAAAAUCUGGAAAAAAUGCACGCAUUCUGAUAUUAUCGUCGUCGAAAUGCCAGUGUAUUCUUUCGCCAUUUUGUUGACAUUUUCCCCAAACUUCUUCUUCUUCUUCUUCUUCUUCCUCUCUCUCUCUCUCUGUCUCUGUCUCUCGCGCCAAACCAAUUAUUAUUAUUAUUAUUAUCUUUUCGCCUUUUUCGGGUGACAUUUGCACCCAGCGUUGGAAGAGGGCGGCAAAGAUGUCUGGUGUGCAUCCCGAUUUGCGUAAUGCGGAACCGUUUGUUGGAGGCGCCACACGCGCAUUUUGACGACGAUAAUAUCGGAAGGAGAAAUCUGGACACAAAAAGGCUACUGUUUUUUUUAACCCGCACAACACUUGCUUCCUGUUUACCAUCUUCUCUCCAAAUCGCCUCUUUCUCGCCUGCUAAAUGUCAGUGUGAGGGUGGAUUCUCAAAUUUCAAUAUCUCUCGAAAUGUUGAGCAAAGUGUCUGGAAUUUAACGAAAUUCUCGCGCGAUACCCAAUAAUUUCAAGGAAAAGGUGACACACGAAACGGGUGAUUAGACGUGUCCACCCCCAUCAGGAACACGAGCCACGUUAGGAAUGGGGCGGCGAUAAGGCAAGGAUUUGAACGGAAUUUGCAGUUAAUAAUGACACUGGACGCCCGAAUUGCUCGACGCCACCAGAAGAGAAGUGCUCCGGGAGCGUGUGUGAGCACUGCGAACCAACAAAUGCACGAGUCGUUCUCGCGGCUCAUCAACCGUCGCGACGAGGACAUGUUCGCCUUUUUUCAGCCCGAUACGCAGGUAUGUUCGAGAAAAACAAAAUGCGUUUCACAAGGCUGGGCCAGGCUUUUUGAGCGGGUCGCAAUAUUCGCAAAAACCCGGAACUCUCUCGGACCCACGGCGACCAAAAGUGUAGAAAGGGGCGUGGCCUAAUCUGAGACGCGUUUUUCUGAAAAUUGCCGCAAUUUCAGCACUUUUCCGAUAUUUUUGUGUGUUGAUAUCGACGAAAGAAGAGACAUUAAAGAGAGAAAACAUUGAAAUUUUCGUGAAAACGCCGCGUUUGAGACGUUUUUGGCAUAUUUCGCAAUACGCUCUCCGCCGCAAUUCCGGAAUUUUCAUACCGGCCGAUGUGGAUCGGUUUUGAGACGAAGUGAGUGUCGGAAGUGAUUAAGCACGUUAAUACAAGUAUUUUAAGCGUUCAAACGGCAAAAAGUAUAGGCGAAUGACUGAAAUUCGCGCAUUUUCAGCACAAAACUUAAAAUCGAUUCAAUUGAUUGAAUUUCUGAAUGAAACCCGCGCGUUUUAAGCUCAAAAAGUGCGCGAUGAUUAGUUUAACAAAGUUAUUAUGCAAUUACAUCGUCAAAAUCGUACAAAAUUUGGAUAAUAUUUGACGAAAAACAUGAAAAAUGGGGUUAAAUUUCGAAUUUCGCGCCAAAAUGGUGAUAAACCGUGCACGCGCUAGGCCACGCUCCUUUCUACGUUUUUGGUCGCCGUGCGUACCCAAAAUACUUCGAUCCAAGUGCAAGACGCCUGCAAAGUUCGGUCCCAAUCGGAUCAUUCAUUGCAAGUGGGUCAGAAGUUGCAAAAGUCCCAAGUAUUAUUUGUUUUUCCAAAAACCUCCUGAAAAAUUGCGAUUCAAUUCACAGAUUCUGCUCGAGUAUCAACCCCGUCACCGACAUCUUCUAACGCCCAAAACGCGAGAUUGUACGGCCACAAAUCUGUUCGAGAAAUCGUCGGAAGUGCUUCCCGACCAACCGCUUUCCGAACGCUCGCUGUGUCCCUAUCAUCAUGUCUUGAAUUAUGAUGAGAAGGUAAAUUAUUGAUUUUCUGCCUGAAAAGUGACAUUCUACGAAAGUGCAUGGCGAGUUUUUGCUCUUUUGACUUCCUUCCUCCUGGCAAUUUCCGCUCAAUUAUGAACGGAUCAAAAAUGAGCUGAACUUUUGUGCUCUUUACAAAUUUUCCGCGCGGAAAAUAAAUGGAAAAUUACUCGGUGCCUCAGUAGCAGCAUACGAGACGCUUUCAAUUAUUUAUCCGCGAAAAAAUUCCUAUAAUGUGAUGUCACCGACUUUUUCUUGUUACAGAGGAUACCCGCCGCAAUUUCCGAGGUCGAAUGUUCGUGUCAACACGUCAAAGUGAAUGGUAAGGGAGGAAAGCGGGAAAUUGAGCAGCGGGGAAUCGAAUCGAACCACCCAGAAAUUGAUCAUCGCGCGUUUUCUCUCUUGCGCCCAGUGUGCCUUACCGAAAGGGUUUCGGUAAAUUUACCGGUAAAUUUACCGGUAAAAAUUUCGGUAAAUUGUCGGUAAAUUUUCGGUAAAACUUUUUUUUACCGAAAGAGUUUCGGUAAAUUUUCGAAACAAUUUACCGAAAAUUUACCGAAAAUUUACCGAAACUAUUUCGGUGAAAGUUUCGGUAAAUUUUAUCGGUAAAUGGGUACUUUUUCGAAACAAUUUUCAAUUUUGAGAACGGAACAUUGAGGCGACUGUUCAGCGUGUUCCUGAUGUUUGGGAUGUUGUUCAGAAUGUUCUAAAUUGGUCACAUCAGUCACUUCCCUUGUCAAAAAAAGAACGCCGGUGCCGCGCCUUUUCGGUAUCGACGGCACCGCUCGGCGCCUCAAUUUUUCUGUUUUCUUUUAACGAACAGUUUAUUUUCGAAUGAGGAACUUUGGGGACACAUUAAAUGCGAAACUCGUUGCAUAGCAUUUAAAAAAAUUUGAUUGCAAAAAAUUGAAAAAAUUAAAUUAAAAAAAAUUAUUUAAAAAAAAAAUCAAAAUUGUUCUUUCGGUAAUUGUCGAAAGGAACGAUUUACCGGUAAAUUUACCGGUAAAUUUACCGAAACUCUUUCGGUAAAAACGUUUUUACCGAAAAUUUACCGAAAAUUUACCGAAAUUCACUUCUUUCGGUAAAAAAAAUUUCGGUAAGGCACACUUGCGCCACACGCUUGCGCCACACCUGCAUCACAAUCGGCUAGCCGUCAGGGCAGUGAUAAAACCGGCGCGAGCUUGAAACUCGCGAAAAAUAGCAGAAUUUUCUGUCUUUCAGGCGGCACAAUACACUGCGAACCGAUGCUCUACAACAUGCGAGUGAUGGUUUUCGAGGACGGAUGCGAAAAGUACGUCGAACGGAUACAAAAAGUCGCGUUGGCGUGUAUUCCCGUCUUUUCAGUGAGUCAUUGUCUUGUUUUCCGGCUGAAAAUGCUGAAAAUAGAGGGUGGAAGUGACAAGAAGGAAGGGAACAUUUCGUGACGUCAUCUCUUACGUUUUUCGAAUUUUAUUCAAUUUCAGUACCACAUCAGCUCCGGCACAUUAUCACAACAUCAGCCGACGCAACCGUCAACGCCACUUUAG